AUGUCCGCCGCGGAGCAGAUAUUCGGAGCGGGCGGGAAGCGCAUGCGCCCCGCGCUCGUGCUCCUCGUGGCGCUCGGCACGGCAAAGCUCAUGGGCCUCGACGGCAUCCAGCCGAAGCAGCGGCGGCUGGCGGAGAUAUCGGAGAUGCUGCACACGGCGAGUCUGAUGCACGACGACGUGCUGGACGACAGCAGCCAGCGCCGCGGCAAGGCCACCGUGCACCAGCUCUACGGCACGCGCGUGGCGGUGCUCGCGGGGGAUUAUCUUUUCGCGCAGUCGUCGUGGUUUCUCGCGAAUCUGGACAAUCUCGAUGUGAUCAAGCUCAUCUCGCAGGUCAUUGCGGAUUUCGCGAACGGGGAGAUCCAGCAGGCGGCAUCGCUGUUUGACGCGGAGCUGACGUUUGAGCAGUACACGGAGAAGAGCUUCUUCAAGACCGCCUCACUCAUUGCCGCCAGCACCAAGUCCGCUGCUAUCUUCAGCGGGUGCCCGCCUGAAGCCUGCAGCGCCAUGUUUGACUACGGGAAGCAUCUCGGGCUGUCCUUCCAGGUGGUACACGAUACUCUGGAUUUUUCCCAGGCGACUGAGCAGCUGUGGUACUUUCGGACGACCGAGCAGCUGGGCAAACCUGCAGGUUCGGACCUAGCCUCGGGGAACCUCACAGCGCCGGCGCUCUUCGCCCUGCGCCACCCCACCAUUGGCCCCCAGCUGCGGGAACUGGUAGACAGCGAAUUCGUGGAAGAGGGGUCUCUAGAGCAGGCAGUCGAGCUGGUGCUGGCGAGUGGAGGGGUUGAGAAGGCGAGGGCCAUGGCUGAGGAGCAUGGGAGGAGUGCCAAGAGGUCUCUGGAGAUCCUUCCGGAAGGGGAUGCGAAGCGGUCGCUAAUGGGCAUGGUGGAUUAUGUUCUCGAGAGGUUGUUUUAG